AUGUCCAACAAACACUGGGAGCAGAAUAAGGAGGCAACCGUCUACGUCGGUAACCUGGAUGAGCGCUUUGGGGAGGCGCUCAUGUGGGAAAUGAUGACGCAGAUGGGCCCCGUCGUGAACCUGCACAUGCCCAUGGACCGUGUCUCGCGCACCCAUCAGGGCUACGGCUUCGUCGAGUUCGACACCCCCGAGUCCGCCGACUACGCCGCCCGAGCACUCAACGGUAUCCGCGUCUUUGGCAAGGUCAUUCGCGUCAACAAGGCCAGUGCCGACAAGCAAAAGACGGCCGAGAUUGGCGCCGAGCUCUUUGUCAACAACCUGGACCCCCAGGUCGACGAGAAGAUCCUCUUCGAUACCUUCAGUCGCUUCGGUCAGCUGGUCACCCCUCCAAACGUCGUGCGCGACGCCAACAACAUCUCCAAGGGCUACGGUUUUGUCAACUUUGACAGCUUCGAGGCCAGUGACACUGCCCGAGACACCAUGAACGGUCAGUACCUGCUGAGCAAGCAGAUCACCGUCGAGUAUGCCUACAAGAAGGAUGGCAAGGGCGAGCGCCACGGUGACGAGGCCGAGCGCAAGCUGGCUGCCGAGGGCAAGAAGCACAAUAUCGUUCCCGAGCAGCAGCCUCUCCCUCCAGCAUACCUCAUGUCCGCUCCCGCGUCAACACCAGCGGCUGCGACACCAGCAACUCCCACCGGCCCGGCCGCUGGUCCCCCGCCAGGCUUUGAUCCCGCAGUCCCGAACGGUUCCAUUGGCGGCGCUCCCCCUCAACAACCGCACGGUGGAGUUCCGCCUCCGUUGGUGCCGCCGGCCGGCAUCCCUGCUGGGUACGGUGCACCUGCACCUCGCGGUGGUCCUCCCGGAUUUGGCGGCCAUAUGCCACCCCAGGUGGCCGGUGCUGGACGGCACAUGGGUAUGAUGGGUGGUCACGCAUUACCACCUGCCCCAUCCGGGCUGCCGGCUCGUCCGCCUCCUAGCAUGGGCGGGCCUCCAGGUAACUUCCACCCCGGAAUGCCACCAUCCGGAUUCCGUGGUCCUCCGGGCCCGAUGGGCCUGCCACCAGCCCCUGGACAGCAGCCGCACCCAGGCUUUGGAGCACCACCCCCUGGAUUCGCUCCACCUAAUGGAGCCCCGAUUCCCAUGCCAGGAGGCUACAUGCCUCCUCCGGGUAUGCCUGGGCCGCCAGGAGCACCAGCCCCACCGCCAGGCUUUCCUGUCCGCCGUUGA